AGCGCUGACCGAGCGAGACGUGUCGAGACAAGCCGUCACCCGCCACCCGCAGCGUCAAAACAGUGCGUCGUGCGUCGUGUCAAGGUCGAAUGUAGCCGCACCGGCCGAGUUGCGCCUAAAUAAACGAGAGUGAGUUUUACCUGUACCCGAGUGAUUCGUCUGUCCCCGAGUGUCAUCAUGGAGUCUACGGCACAACCCGCGACCGGAGCGAGCCCUGCUCGAGAGGUUUCGGAGAGCCCGGACUGCCUCGACCUCCUCCCGGACGACGCGGUUGUGGAAGUGCUCAGGCACCUUGGUGACGAGGACCUCCUUGAGUGCCGCCUCGUCUGCAAGAGGCUCCGGGACCUGGUGAUGCUGCCUUCCGUGUGGCGCCACGUGCGAGUGGAGACACCCUCCUGCCUGGUACUCUGCCGGAUGCCACGCCUGGCCUCCCUGAGGGUGGACGCCAUAGGGCGCUGCAACCAUCUUCUUACGACGAGGUGUGCCGUGCGAGAGCUGAUCCUGUUUGGCGGGGACGAUGAUGCCAAAGACUCGGACCGCAAAAUGCAGAUCAUGGCGGUCCAGGAAUCGCUCGGACAGUUAAGAAGGUUGGAAUUGGACCUAGACUACUCUGACAGCGGGCCGCACGUACGUGUUGCAUGGCUGCAGGCCAUUGCGUCAGUUUCCGGGCUCGAGUUCCUCGAGGUGGGCGUCAACUCCGCUCUUACUAGGGGUUACUCCCUAUAUCCAGCUCCCAUGGCGAGCUCUCUGAAGACAUUUUGGUGCACUGCCUACGAAGGAAUGGACGCCUUUGUGAAUUGCAUCCUGGCGACGCAUGCCUCGACACUAGAGGACGUUUCCGCAAUGACGUGGAUUUGCAGCUUUGACACCGCUCGCCUGCUUGGAGGGAUGCCCAACCUUCGGUCAGUGAGCUGCAAGAUUCUGCCAGGCAUGGACGCCCUGCUUGAGUGCGGGUCGCUGAGGGACCUUGAGGUGAUUUUGGACUGUGAAUGGCAGUAUGACGAUACCGAUGAUGAUGAAAUAUGGGGGGUAGUCGAGCUGCUCCGUCGAGCAAACCAGCUCAGUUUCCUUUGUCUAAUCCUGGAGACUGAUUCUGAAGGCGCCAUUGACUUUCUUGCGGAGAUGGUCGACGCCCUGGGCUCUUCCGUCCGGGCGCGCUUGGAGGAGUUCCGCAUUAGUCUUGACAUUGUCUCCUGCCGGCUGGACGCUCAUCUGCCGGUGCAGGUGUCAUUGUUGAGAGCCCUGCCAAUGCUCCCAGCCCUGCGAGAGCUGAAGGUGGACUGGGAGUCCGACGAACUGCUGCAGGGGAUCACCCCCAAGACCGCCCCGUCCCUGCGGAGCCUGACUCUUCAGCUACCCCUCAUGACACGCCUUAAAGCUUGGGUGCUGAAGACCUCGACCAGGAAGCUGCUGUUACAGAACUCCUCCCUCCACGUGAAAGCUACAGAUUAUAUGUAUAAAAACACUGCCAGCCUCGUCUCGCACUCCUUAGACCAUUGCCCAUCUGUGAAGUAUCACUCUGCUGAAAAUACCUGGAUCUAUUUCGAUAGGGAUGAGAAUUGAAUAAAUAGUUGUCCAAGUGUUUCAAUGUUUCAUCAAUUUAUCGAUAACUUUAAUUAUCUCCUUUAAAUGACGUGUUUUUCUUUGACCGUUCUUUAUUUAGUUAAUUUUCUCAGCAUAUGUUAGAAUAUUUCGAAUUUGAGGCAAAUUAAGUGGUUUAAAGUCCCCCUUUUAAAUUUUGCACCGCAUUAUCAUAUAUCAUAUAUAUCCUAUGUUAGUCGCUGCUUGUUUCGAAAAUUUCAAUCUCUCAACACUACUGGCUCAUGUUUAAUAUUUUCGUAGCUCAAUGUUCUUUAUAAGUUAAUUUUUCAUGUUUGAUCUGCCUGGUGUCCUUGCAGCAAGUAUGUAUGACGUACGAACUGUUUCUUUCUGGGAUAGAGAUCGACGAAUCUUUUUCGGAAGCGGUUCUAAACGGUUUGCGACGGUGGGGGCUCCAGAACGGAACAUGAGGUAAAAUCUAACCAUAUUUGCAUAGAGGCAUUCCAUUUCGAAUUUACAGGAGUCAAAAGUGACCCUUGACGAUUUCGCCCGUUAUUUGUCCAUUAGUUGUCUACUAAAAGAAGAGUAUUCAGUAAAAAUCUUAGCCCUGUGGGACA